AUGGUUCUCUACCAGGGCAGUCUCGAGCCUGUUGUCCUUGCAAUCGACGAGGAUUAUGACACGUUACUCCAGGACUUCCACCACAUAUUCGUCAAUCCAAAGAUAAAGGAGAGGAUGAAGAGAGAAAACACAAGGAUGGGAUUGAUGGAGAUUGUCUGGUGGAAGAAGUGGGGCGGAGGCGCGCUGCCGCCGUAUGACUCUCUGGUGACGUGUGGCAACAUUAUUGCUAUGUUACGGCAUCUGAAGUCCAAGAAUGGCAUGGACUACAUUUCUAUCCACUGGCUUUGGUCCCGGUUGGACAAGGAAGAGGUUUUUCCUAUCUGGGUUAGCAAGCAAUUCUGUGCUGGCGUCCAUUUCUCACCUACGCACCACUACGAAGCACAACAACCCAAUCAGGAACUCCAUAUCAAGGGCGAAAGGCCCGUCAUAGCCAUCUACGGACUGCCAAAGGCAGAAGUCCAUCCAAAGCGUGACGAAUAG